GAAUGCUGUGCCUGUGGGUCAGCGAAGUACGAGAUGACCUUCGAAGCAGUUUGGUCCAGGAAGACUCACCCGAAAGAUUUCCCAAUUGCUGAUGCCUUGACACAUUGGUCAAACAUCGUCGGAGCAUCCCAUACCAGAAACUUUUCCAUCUGGAGAUAUGGAGAGGUGGCAAGCAUGGGGGUCAAGGAGAUUUGUGAA